UUAAUGGAGACACCUCUACCUCAAUCUCAUCAUCAACACAUUUCUCAGUUUAUUUACUUCUUUUUAUUCACUCAUAAUUUACUAAACAAAACUUUCUCCAAAACUCCAAAAGAUGGCAACUAGAAGAGCAAGAUGCAGCAAGUGUGGAAGGGCCAUACUAGUGCCAAUAGAACUAGAAAAUUAUGGCUAUUCCACUUCCAUAACCAUGAUAUGUUCUGGUUGCAACUCUCAAGGUUUCUCCCAACAACCCAAUUACCCUUUUCUGAAUAACAACAACGCACCUCCUCCGCCUGCCUAUGGGAGACGUCAGUCUUGGCCACAGACACCGAUGGCCCCACAAUAUUCAAUGACACCUCCUUCUCCAUAUGGUAACAAGAGGGCUGUUUUAUUUGGUAUUAGUUAUGGUAGUCAUGCUAACAGCCUUAAAGGUUCUCUCAACGAUGUUCACAGCAUGAAAUACUUUCUCACUCAAAAGUUAGGUUUUCCUACUGAUUCAAUUCGCAUGCUCACAGAUGAACCAGGGGAGAGAAAUCCGAUGAGAAUCCCGACAAAAUAUAACAUGAGAAUGGCAAUGAGGUGGUUGGUUGAGGGCUGCCAACCAGGAGACUCAUUGGUGCUUCACUUCUCAGGACAUGGAUCGAGGGAAGUAGAUUAUAGCAUGGAUGAGGUUGAUGGGUAUGAUGAAGCUAUAUGCCCUGUUGAUUAUGAGAGUGAGGGGAAAAUUCUCGAUGAUGAAAUCAACGCUACAAUUGUUAGGCCUCUACCUCAUGGUUCCAAACUUCAUGCUGUCAUUGAUACAUGCUUCAGUGGAACAGUUCUUGAUUUACCAUUUAUGUGCAGAGUGAACAGAAAAGGUUAUUAUGGAUGGGAAGAUCAUAGAAACCCCAGAGCUGCUUACAAAGGCACAAGAGGUGGGCUAGCAGUUUGCAUUUCAGCUUGUGAUGAUGAUGGAAGUGCAGCAGACACAUCGGCCUUUAGUGGCAUGGAAAGUGCUGGUGCCUUGACUUACAGUUUCAUCCAAGCCAUGCAAGUUGAACGUAGAUUGACUUAUGGCCAAUUGCUUAAUGCCAUGCGUUCUACGAUUCGUGGGGCUAGAGAAGAAUAUGGCCCGAAUAAUCAACAGUAUGUCAUGGACAAUCGGCAGCAGUAUGCUCAUGAGCCACAACUGUCAUGUUCUGAGAAAUUUGAUAUUUAUUCAAAGCCUAUUGCAAUGUGAACAUAACUGGAAGUCGCGUUGAAAAAUAAAAUGAAUACGAGGAAUAAUUGACGUUGGUCCUGUUUGUAGAAAAUAAAAUAUAAUGUCUAUUUGGGAAAGGAAAUGAAGGUUUAUAGGAGAGAUUUGCAUUCAAAUUGGGGAAGUUCUGUAAUACUACUACUACUUCAUUGUGCCAAAAAAAAGGAGGGAAAAAUAUUGAUUUGUAACUUUGAAAGAGUGUCUAAUGAAAAGUUGAAAACUGAGCUAGCUCUGGAAUUUCAUCCUAAAAAUACACCUCUGCAAUUUAUGAAUGUUUUCUCUUAUAUCUCAUGAAUUACGUCAUGUGUUCAAAAAAUGAAUAACAUUAUCAUCUAUUUUUUCGUUGA